CAAUGUACCUAGCGUUCGCUCAAGCCUCUCCUGAUGUACCACCGGAAAUAGAAUUAUCGACAUGAUCAGAAUGACACAGAAUCUAUCUACUCCGCGAUCCUUAAAGAACAAAUCUUCAUCGGUUCUUGUAUUAUCUCGAGCGCUUCGGAUAAUGAAGAUGUUUAGAACAAGCUGAAAGAUUGAUCAUCUGCGGAGAAGUCUCUUUUCCAUUUUUGACCGUGCGUUGGAUUGUCAGUUUGACUUGAUUUUCGUACAAAAGUUUCAGGCGAUACAACAAAGCUCCCACGACGACCGACCCCAUAUUCAAUUACUACACAUACUCAAUUGACAUAGGUUUGUUAGAGUGAAGUAGAUUUCGAAGUGGUACCAGACCCAGAAGAAGCGCUUGUCGUCACUACCGAGCAUUUUUUUGGCGUUGUUUUGGAUAAAAUAAAUUCUCCCAUUUUUUUACUCCGACCGUCCACACGGAAGUUCUCAAGAACACAAAUCUCCAAUUUGUUCGCUCGACCGCCUACAUCUUCGAUUUAGUUGUAUUAGAUUAUCUUCUGUUCUUUGUGAAAAAAGAAAACUCCACUUAGCUGUCUGGAAAGUAGAAGCGACUUCGUUAUCUUCACAGAGGAGCCACAUCUACUAAUAAACGCCGUAAGCAGGAGCCGAGUAUCCUAUCCCCGGAAAGGAGACAAGAACGAACAAUGUCGGCCCACCCUAACGCUGCUAACUCUCUCGACACCCCGACUUACGGGUGGACGAAGACAGCAGGUAAGAUGAUCAAAGAAUUUUUGCGGUUGAUUUCUUGCGGUCUUUAUAUCAAGCCAUGCCAAAAAAUAAUGUAGUCAAAUAAAAAAGCUGCACAUUGUUCACUACAAACUAACCCUCUACUUCUAAACAGGUGGCAACGCGAAAUCCAAGGCUGCGCAGAAUGCUGCGGCCAGGACUGGAAACCUGGAAGUGGAGAACAAAUUUGGUGCUGCGAACCAUUCGGUGGGACCAACGAACUCCAAGGCGCUCGAUGAGGAUACUGGAAGUUACAAGCACCGCCAGGUACUUCAUCAUGAUCUUCGUGUUUUUUUUACUACACAAAAUAACAUUAUGCGUAUGACAACCUACCAAAGAUUUUCGAUGCGUCAAUCGAAUUAAGUAACGCAGAUCUUGAACUGUUUGAUGUUGAUGUUCUUGUUCUUCCCUAGCAUAUCAAUCGAAUCAAUAUCCUGAUCAAUACAACCAUAAAAUAAAACACCAAUACCAUUGUCGCAGAUUCCAACGGAGUUCAAGCUGGCCCUGCAGAAGCUGCGACAGGGGAAGGGCCUAACUCAGGCACAGCUGGCGCAGGCGUGCAAUCUGUAUCCACUGCAAAUAUCGAUCGGGGUCUGGAAGAAUAGUACGAAACUUGUCAUGCAAGUUUUCCACGACCCAUGAGGCCUCGAAAAAUGCAGGAUUUAGCAUGAUGACAGAUCUGUACUAUCAUGCCUACCCUGUGCAUGAGAAAAUCCCUCUGAACCUGGUCAACAAAAGUAGACUACUUUUUGCACGAUCCAGUUCCUCCAGACUUAGCAUGACAAGUUGCAUCCUUCCAGACCGCCAGAUUGAUAUUUGCAAUGCAUAAUCUGGCUCCGGCUAUCAUUCGCGACUACGAGGCAGGCAAGGCUGUCCCGGAGGGCGCGGUGAUUCAGAAACUGAACCGCGCACUGGGAGCGCCGCUGCCAAAAAUCCCGAAGCAGAAGAAGAAGGACGACAAGUAA